AUGGAGACAGUAGCUGACUUCAUACGAGUCAACAUCAUUUACCGUUAUGGGGUUCCUCGGUGUAUCAUCACUGAUAAUGGAAGAUCUUUCGCCAAUACUCACAUCAACAAACUUUGCGAAAAUUUUGGCUUCCAACAAAAGAAGUCCUCGAUGUAUUAUGCACUGGCUGGACUCGCAGAGGCAUUCAAUAAAACACUUUGUAACUUGCUGAAAAAGGUUGUCUCCAAAUCAAAAAGAGAUUGGCAUGACCGCAUUGGUGAAGCUUUAUGGGCCUAUCUUACUACAUUCCGUACUCCAACACAAGCGAGACCAUACUCAUUUGUAUAUGGGGUCGAAGCUGUCCUUCCAUUAGAAAGACAAAUUUCUUCACUAAGGAUUGUUCUUCUGGAAGAAUUGACGACCAAAGAAAAUGUCCAAUUAAGACUCGAAGAGCUAGAGGCUCUCGACGAGAAAAGACUACAAGCUCAACAAAGACUGGAGUGUUAUCAAGCACGAUUGUCUCGAGCUUACAAUAAAAAAGUCAAAUCACGAUCCUUUCAAAUCGGGGACUUGGUUCUUGUUGUGAGAAGGCCCAUUGUGAUCAACUUUCGUUUGGGAAAUAAAUUUUUAUCCAAGUGGGAUGGACCCUAUGUCGUCACUCAGGUCUACACAAAUGGUGCAUACAAGUUGACAUCUCAAGACGGACUCCGGAUAGGGCCAAUCAACGGGAGGCAGCUUGAGAUAUACCUUCAAGUUCAGUCAAAUAAAUAA